GAGCCAGGCAGUUGGUGUCGUUCGCUGCGUGACGAGAAGCUGUGCAGUCUCUCAGAAGCGAGAUGUGGGUGAAGAGGUGGUGGGGCAUCUGCAGAGCCGAGACACAUAAGACAAGGUCGCUCUUACCACAGACAGAUGCAAAACGCAGUCGCAAAGUUUGUGAUGACUCUCGUGCAGGCCCCAACAGAGUGGCCUACUUGUGCAUCGUGCGGGAGUCCGCGACAUAGGCUCGGUUUUCCUGCCCUGUUCUCCGUGCUAUUGGCUGGUCCUACUGAUGCGGCGGCUAGCACUAGUAGCGGAAGGAAGCUCACGCGGCGGUAGCAGCCUUCAGACAGAGGUGUUACUUUCGCGGGUUGCUAUAACUGCGUGCUGCCAGCUGCAGGUUGUUCCCAAUCUGAUCUCGCUUUCAUCCUUGCUUGUGGUGUUGUGCUCGUCGAGUGAGAACCGUUCCUGCGUGUGCUUGCCCGCCUUGAGCUGCAGAUACCCCACCAUACCAUCAGCAGUAACGCCGCCAUCGCACCUUCCUCUCCAUUACAAGAUAGAAAAGCUUGGAGAACAAACAGCCUUUGUGUGCUGUCAGGCCUCUGUACAUCGCAGUGCAUUGCCACCACCCGCAGACCCUGGUAGAUCCUGCCCCUCAGUGAGCGCCCUUCUCACCUCAUAUCGCUCCCGCGCUCUCUUGUCACCACCUCGACUCUCCUUUGCUCUCGCACAAUCAUACGCCGUCGAGGUCAAUAGCCGCCGAUCAAAGGCUAAACGACCCGUCUACAGCGUUCGGCAUCAAUUAGCGCACCCCUCAGUCAGUCGACGCGCCACUUUACGAGUGCGCACGACACUGCAGCACGUUGGAUAUCGCCUAGAAGAGCACCGCCUCCGAGCUCAAUUUCUCUGCUUUCUCCUGUGUGCAACAUAGCAAAUUUGACUUAGAGAUUGUGCUUUGACGUCUUUGCUGUCAUACCUACCUUCCACCUUCCACCUUCCAUUGACGAACCUCACCUACU